AACAAUAAAAACAUUCUUUCUUCCAUCCAAGGGCAGUUGCAGAUAAAGGAGGUGAAUUUUCUUUCCCUGAAGACAUCACCUCCCUUUCUCAACCUUUUUCCUCUGAAUUCAUGGAUACAGCUCAGUGGCCACAGGAGACUGGAGCGGUGAAAGGCCGUAGAGAAGAUGAGAUGGGUGGUCCGAAUAAGGGUGGUAUGUUAGAGAGAAAGGUGAGGGGUGCACAGAAGGAGCAAGAAGCCUUGAAUUGUCCAAGGUGUAAUUCAAGCAACACAAAGUUCUGUUACUACAACAACUACAGUCUCACUCAACCAAGAUACUUUUGCAAAACCUGUAGAAGGUACUGGACUGAAGGUGGGUCCCUCAGAAAUGUUCCUGUUGGAGGAGGUUCAAGGAAGAACAAGAGAUCAUCAUCAUCAUCAUCACUAAAAGUAGUCCCUGAUCCAAACCCACCAACACUGCUUUCACACUUUUCUACUCAUCAAAACAGUAGGACUAGUACCCAUGAAGGCCAACAUCUUAACCUAGGCGUCUCUCAAUUCCUUAAACUGCCCAAAAUUGAAAACCACAACAACACUACUACUAGUUCUUCAACUUCCUCCAGUAGUAGAACAUGGCAAGUUUCAGCCCUAGAGCUGCUUAAGACUGGAAUUGGUUCUUCUAGUGAAUUAGGGUUGAAUUCAUUUGUGUCAACAACAACAACAACACCAACACCAGUACCUAUGCUGAAUUCAAAUAAUAGUAGUAAUACAACAUUAUACACACCAGUCAUGUUUCCUUUGCAUGAAUUCAAACCAAACUUGAAUUUCUGCGGUGAUCAUGUUGGGAUGAGUAGAUUUGGGAGCUUUCAAGAGAUUAAUGUUCAUGACGGUGGUGGAAGAGUAAUGUUUCCUUUUGGAUCACUACUACUAAAAGAUCAGUUUCCAAGUAGUAGUACUAAUAGAAGCACUGAAGUUGAUCAGAAUAAGGCGGGAGCAGGUGGGAAUAUUUAUAGUAGUGGUGGGCAGUACUGGAAUGGAAUGUUUAGUGGAAGAUAGAUCUCGUAUUGGCCGGUAAUAAAGAGAGGACUAAGAGCAGCAGCAACUUUGUCUUUUCUUUUCACUUUUUCUUUUCAUCUCUUUUUCCUUUAAUUUAUACUUUAUUCGCAUCGUUGUUUACCUGCUCGGAGUAAAUUGUUCAGAACUAGCUAACAUAUAGUUGUAGAAUAGAUAUGGUUUCUUUCUUCUAUCACUUUACUAGUUAAUUAUUGUGAAUAUUAUU